UACUCUUAUUUAUGCCACGUCAUCGGACCGCCUUCGUGACCAAAACGCCGAGGCUUUUAAGAUCGCCCAUCACCCACCCCUCUCUAUCUCUGCCUGUGAAAAAACUAGAAAGUGCAAAAUGGGAAGCGAGAGGAAGUCGAAGGAGAAGAACAUAAAGAAAAGAAACUCGGUUUCUUCAGGCUCAGAAGAUGAGCAGAACAGCAAGAGGCGGAGGACAGGAGAAGAUGGCGAGAGGAGGGACAGAAAGAGUGAUAAGAAGGAGAAGCUCAAGGUGAAAAAAUAUCAUGACCACACCAAGCGCCAUUCUGACAAAGAAAAGAAGUCCAAAGAUAAACACAAAAGUAAAAAUCACAAAAGUGAUCGCCACUUGAAGCACGAGGUCCAAGAGCUGAGCAAUGAUGACUAUUUCUCUAAGAAUAAUGAAUUUGCUACCUGGUUGAAAGAAGAGAAAAAUGUAUUUUUCUCUGAGCUUUCAUCUGAGUCUGCACACGAACUGUUCUCGGACUUUGUCAAGGCUUGGAACAAGCAAAAGCUUGAAUCCCGUUACUAUGAGGGCAUUACCAGAGGGCCCCGGACAUCCCAUCACUGGAAAAUCAAAGGGUAGCAAGAAAAGCUGGCUAGGUGCUGUAGAAAACUCUCUCCAGCUCUCACACUCCCCACAAUCAUCUCUCCACCCUCUUUUCCUCCCCUAAAUCACUUCAAGACUGUACACAUUUCUUUCCCAUGCAUAGGAGAGCCCGCAAAGCAUGGCGUUCCAUUCCUCUCAAACCAUCCCAACCCCAAAAUCUCGAGCUUUGCUCGAAAAGGUUUCUCAGAUAUUACCGAGGAAAUCGUUGGGAGAGCAGUGCAUGGACUCUGCAUGAAGGGAUUAGUGCGUUUGAGUAUCUUUCAUUCGAACACUUUAAUAAAUAUGUAUUCAAAGUUUGGUCAUAUACGGUGGGCUUGGGACGUGUUCGAUCAAAUGUCUCACAGAAACGAAGCUUCGUGGAAUAACAUGAUGUCAGGUUUUGUUCGAGUGGGUCUGUACCCAGAAGCUUUUGGAUUCUUUCGUGGAAUGUGCGUACAUGGUGUCGAGCCAAGUGGAUUUUUGAUUGCUAGCUUGGUAACGGCGUGUGAGAGGUCGGAUUGUAUGUUAGAUGAAGGACUUCAAGUCCAUGGUUUUGCCGUUAAGAUUGGAUUGCCGUGUGAUGUUUUUGUAGGGACUUCUCUUUUGAAUUUUUAUUUCACCUAUGGGUCUGUUUCUUCCGCUCUGAAGCUCUUUGAGGAGUUGCCUGAGCGGAAUGUAGUCACUUGGACUUCGUUGAUUGUUGGAUUCUCCGAUAGCGGAGAUUUGGGACAAGCUAUAGAUAUCUAUCGGCUUAUGAAGCGUGAAGGGGUAUGUUGCAAUGAGAACACACAUGCUGCAGUAAUUAGUUCUUGUGGGAUGCUUGGAGAUGAACUAUUGGGUAAUCAAGUUCUUGGGGAUGUUGUGAAGUCCGGGUUAGAGACUAAUGUUUCUGUGGGAAACUCCCUCAUAUCAAUGUUUGGUAGUUUUGGCCACAUGGAGGCAGCCUGCCAUGUGUUUGAUCACAUGGAUGAACAUGACACGAUAUCAUGGAACUCAGUGAUUGCUGCAAAUACACGUAAUGGACUUUUUGGCGAAUCAUUAAGAUAUUUUUAUUGGAUGUCUUAUGUCCAUAACAAGAUAGAUUCUACAACACUCUCAACUUUGUUAACAGUGUGCGGUUCUGUAGAUAAUCUUAAGUGGGGCAGAGGUAUUCACUGUCUAAUUGUAAAAAUGGGGCUAGAAACAAAUGUUUGUGUAUGCAAUACUCUUAUAAAUAUGUACUCUGAUGCUGGAAGAAGUGAGGAUGCAGAGCUGGUAUUUCACGCGAUGCCAGAAAAGGACUUGAUCUCGUGGAACUCCAUGAUGACAUGCUACGUUCAGGAUCACAAGUUCCAGUAUGCCUUAGAACUUUUUAUGGAAAUGAUUCGGGUGGGAAAAGCAAGAAAUCAUGUGACUUUUACAAAUCUCUUGGCUGCCUGUUCAGAUCCUGAAUUUCUUGUUGUAGGCAAGAGUGUUCAUGCCUUUGUAACCCUUGCUGGCUUGCAUGACAGCUCGAUUGUUGGCAAUGCAUUAGUUUCUAUGUAUGGAAAAUCUGGUAUGAUGGCUGAUGCUAAAAAAGUAUUCCAAACAAUUCGCAAUCGAGAUGAAGUAACAUGGAAUGCACUCAUAGGUGGUCACUCCGAAAAUGCACAACCGGAUGAAGCAGUAGAAGCUUUUAGAUUCAUGAGAGAAGAUGGUAUACCUGCAAACUACAUUACAAUUGUGAAUGUUCUUGGUGCUUGCUUUACUGCUGAUAAUCUACUAAAACACGGGAUGCCUAUCCAUGCACAUAUAGUUCAGACAGGAUUCGAAUCUGACCUGUACGUGCAGAAUUCCCUUAUCACAAUGUAUGCCAAGUGUGGGCAUCUGAAUUCAAGUAAUUACAUUUUUUUUCAUUUAACUGUUAAGAACUCUAUCACGUGGAAUUCUAUAAUUGCUGCAAAUGCUCAUUAUGGCCAAGGGGAAGAGGCUCUUAUCCUUAUUGCCAAAAUGAGACAUGCUGGACUAGAUUUAGAUCAGUUCAGCUUCUCUUUAGCUCUUGCUGCUAGUGCUGAUUUGGCUAUGCUGGAGGAAGGCCAGCAGCUUCACAGCUUGGCAAUUAAACUUGGGUUUGACUCAGAUCAUUAUGUUAUAAAUACUGCGAUGGAUAUGUAUGGAAAAUGUGGAGAAAUAGACGAUGUGCUACGAAUACUUCCCCUACCAGGCUACAGGUCACGAUUAGCAUGGAACAUUUUGAUAUCGGCUUUUGCAAGACAUGGAUGUUUCCAGAAGGCUAGGGAUACUUUUGAUGAAAUGCUAAAGCUGGGGGUGAAACCUAACCAUGUUACCUUUGUCUCUCUUCUAUCUGCAUGCAGUCAUGCGGGUCUUGUAGGUGAGGGUCUUGCGUACUAUGCUUCAAUGACUAGAGAAUUUGGUAUCCCAGCAGGAAUAGAGCACUGUUCAUGCAUGAUAGACCUUCUUGGGCGAUCAGGAAGGCUUGCUGAGGCUGAAAAUUUUAUCAAAGAGAUGCCAGUCCCAGCGAAUGAUUUGGUAUGGCGGAGCAUGCUGGCUGCAUGUAAAAUUCAUGGCAAUGUGGAGCUUGCAAAGAAAGCUGCCGGACAUCUUUUUGAGUUAGCUCCAUCAGAUGACUCAGCCUAUGUUCUUUAUUCAAAUGUCUGUGCAACUACUGGGAGAUGGGAGGACGUAGAGAAUGUCAGAAGGCUAAUGGGAUUUAACAGCAUAAAGAAGAAGCCUGCGUGUAGUUGGGUAAAGUUGAAAAAUAAGGUGAGUUCUUUCGGAAUGGGAGAUCAGUCCCAUCCAGAGACCAAGCAAAUAUUCUCCAAGUUGGGAGAGCUUAGGAAGAUGAUUAAAGAAGCAGGUUAUGUUCCUGAUAUAACCUAUUCACUGCAUGAUAUGGAUGAAGAACAAAAAGAGCACAAUCUUUGGAACCACAGUGAGAGAAUUGCCCUAGCAUUUGGGUUGAUCUAUACUCCAGAAGGUUCACCCAUCAGGAUUUUCAAGAAUCUUCGUGUUUGUGGUGAUUGCCAUUCUUUUUACAAGUUUGUUAGUGGAACUGUUGGGCGGAAAAUCACUUUAAGGGAUCCAUACCGGUUUCACCAUUUUAGCGGUGGGAAGUGUUCUUGUUCGGAUUAUUGGUAAUUAAGGCUAGAAAUGGAAUCUGGGACUUGGGUAGUAUAUUUUUCUGUUUAGAAAAGCUAAUUAUUAGCUUAGAUUAUUGGCUAUUAGAAGUACACAGGUAAUGACUUCUGGGAUGAAAGAUGAGUAAUGUGGCAUCGGGUAUAGGUUUGGCAGGAAUCCCAUAAUCUAUUUGGAUUACCAUCCCAAUCGAUGAUUACAGUUAUUUUUGUACAACAUCUGAAUUUAUAUUCUUGGUUCAA